GUCACAUUCUGUCUCCUCCAACAUGCACCUUCUCCAGCUCCUGUUCAGAGCCGGCCCUGGCAUCCUGCUCCUGGUUCUCUGUCUGCAGCUGGGGACCAACAAAGCUCAGGAAGACACCCGAGAAGUAAUAAGAAUGAACUUGACGACGUCCAAAACAGACAAUGCAGAUGAAGAAGUCACUGCGAAGCUUGAAGUUAAAACGGAUUUGAGAGAAUGUGUGGUGAUCAAAACUUACCUCCAAGGCAGCCGUCCAGUGGAUGGUCCUUUUAACUAUAAUUACACCGCCUGCCUCUGUAAGGAUCAUCCAAGAACUUUCUACUGGGACUUUAAGGUCGAUGGCCAUAUGGCAAUAAAAGCAGUGGUCUACAUUACUGAAAAAGAAGGUAUCUGCCCUGAUUUGUCAGUGGUGCCCAGUGGACAAAAAGAUUUUCAUACCAUUGGGUGCAUAUAGACAGUCUGAUCUUGGUGGAAGCCUUUGUCUAACAACCCCCCCAGGGUGGUUCCUUUAAGAAAACUUGGCUGGAGUAUCUACUGCGGUCUGUAAAAUAAACU